GGCAGUGUUCUAUAGAAUGUAGAUCAGUGUUUUGGACUACAUUAGGAGCCUGCUGUGGUUUGUUUGUUUUGGUGCUGGGUUGGUCUCAAGGACUCCAAACACCCUUCCUUUGUUUGUAAAUAUUUACCUUCUGCAGUACUGAGCAUGUGCUGUGCACCUAGCAACUACCUGUAACAGGGACAGAGUAAACGCAUGCAGUCGGCAUACAAGGCAAUAUGCAUGAGACGCACAGAUUAGUAGGUAUCUCGUAAUAAAAUAUGAUAAAAGGAUAGGAUUCUGCAAUCAAGUCCAGAAAUGUUGAGAUCAUCAAAAAAGAAAGUGACUUUCAUUGAGCAGACAACUCCCUGCAGGACAAAUAUAGCUUCCAGGCAGCCUCACACCCGUGUCCUUCAAUCCUACUUCUCAGUCAUCGUCAAGCAUCUGUCAGCAUCUCCGCUUUUCUACAGGAGUCUAAAAGAAAAAGGAGUGCUAACCACUGAACAGAUAGGACAGAUUGAGCUAGAAGACUCGCCAGAGCUCAAAAUUGUAAAACUACUUCACAUUGUUAAGAAUGCAGAGCUCCCAGUCUUUGACUCCUUUUGCUUGGUGCUUGGUGAAAUGGGAUUUUGGUACCUAGCUCAAACACUGCAGGCUGCUACCAAAGAGGAAGAUGUGUCGUCUUCACCAGGCAAAGUGAGCGACAGAAUUAAUGUUUUGAAGGAAGUGGGUCUACUUCCUAAGGAUGAUCCAGCUGUGAAAGAAGACAAUGUGAAGCUAAGGAGAAAAGUUCAGUAUCUAAAAUAUGAAUAUACAAAGAGAUUAAAGGACCUUGAGGAAGACCUGGCCUUGGUAAGAGAGGAGCGAGACACAGCGGUGAGACAGAGGCGCAAGACGAGGCAGCAGAACGAGGAGCUGCGAGCUCUCAACACAGAGAUGAGGGCUCUGAUCACAAAACUGCACAGCUCGGACUGGAAGCGCACCACUGUGAAGGAUGUGGGAUACAGCAUGGAUCUUCAUCCCUCACCAAUCGCCCGUUCUCACAGAAAGACGAAUCUCUGAUUUUUAUUUGGUUGACAACGAAAGCAGUUGUUUUUUCACCAACAAUUGCUAGCCACAGUGUCUUCCAGCAAAUGUUUGUUUAUAUUCUUUCCAUCAUCCUGUUUUUCUACAUUGUUUGUUUCACUGUGAAGAGAACACUGAAGACAGCGAUUCAAAUUGCUACUGCUCUGUAACACUUCCUUAUAGUUUUAAAAACAUUAAAUAACA